ACCCCCAUUACUGAAUCACAUGCCCCCUGAUAGUAGGUAUCAAUUGGAAACAGAGAAAAUAUAAUCUUGAUUGUCGUGAAGUAGAGAGGUACACAGAGCGCUUUUUCAUGCUUGUGUUCCUAUAGUACCUUUGAUAUAGCUAAGGCUUUGUAACUAAAUAGUGUCCUGUGUCCCAAAUGGCCUCAAGUAUUAGAGAAAGUUUAUAUUUAGCAGCAGAACUGCUCGUGGACUUCCAAAACAAUUCUCAUGAAUUAUUCAUGUUAGCCCUCGUGUUAAAAAGUAAGCCUCGAUUAAAACCGCGGAGAUACACCGAUGGUACUUCGAGGGUACUUCCGUUUCCAAUCCCUCUUUACCCCAGAGGAGGUCGGACAUCACUUGAACUUUCACUAUUAAAUUAUAACCUUUUAUUAAUGACAUUCCAGGCCAAAUUGCUUUUCGUUUUUGCUGACUCAGCAGUAGAACACGACUGGAUCUAGGAGGAUCUAGCUAGCUAGUAUGGCUAUUAUGUGCUGAUAGGGUUAGGUCCAGUAACCAUCAUAGACACCAAACACAACUAGCUGUCAACAGAUUCAGCGACAAAAACCGUGCAGAAAUAUUGUCUCAUAAAUCAGUCGCCCUCUAUAACAUUAUUAUACUCGUGAUUAGCCGCCCAACUUUUAGAGGGCGGCCAAAAUAGAGACUAGCAGAAGUACAGGACGCUACUGCUAAGUCAGCAAAAACGAAAAGCAAUUUGGCCUGGAAUGUGAUUAAAAGGUCAUAAUUAGUGAAAGUUGAAGUGAUGUCCGACCUCCUCUGUCACGUCUUUACCCUAUCUAUGGUUUAUGCUGCUAUGGGUGUUCAAUCAUAGAUAGAGUAUAUAGUCUAUGGUUCAAUGAGGGUGUGUAUAUCAAUCAUAGAUAGAGUAGUCUAUGGUUCAAUGAGGGUGUGUAUAUAUGGCGCUCCAUUUGUUUCAUUAUUCAAUAGUGAAAAAUAUUGUCAAUGGCGAAAUAUGUUGACAAUGAUGUAAUGUGAUUGUCAAUACUUGGGUUACCUAUUGUCAAUGAUUAUCCGAUUCAUUGUCAAUAACUAUCGUCAUGUUUGUCAAUAAUUGGGUGCCUAUUGUCAAUAAUUAUCCGAUUCAUUGUCAAUAAACUAUCGUGAUGUUGUCAAUAAUUGGGUUGCCUGUUGUCAAUGAUUAUCAUCAUUCAUUCUACUCUGGGUACCACUCCUAUGCACUGUCAACCAUCCACGUCUAACAAACAAUGGAAUGCACUGGAUUUGCUCCUAGAAACAUUUGUUUCUUGCGAAAUUAGUGCAAAACAAGUGAAGGAGGUGUAUGUGUUGUCUGGAGAAGACAGUGAAACAUCGAGUGAGUGUUUAUUGUCUGGUCCCACUCUUUCAGCAUUGUUGAAAAUGGUGAACGAUCGCUUUGACGAAUUGCCACGGCUGAGAGUUAGAGUGUAUGCUGAAGAUGUGUGGAGUGACAUAGUAGCUUGCUACAAGCAGUCCUCAUUCAAAUAUCUGACACACCUGCAAGUGAGUCUUGAAGGGCAGCCGGCCAUUGAUACCGGUGGAGUGAGGCGUCAAAUUUACACCACAGUGCUCCAUGACUUUGCAAGCAACCAGCACGUGAAAUUGUUUGAUGGGCCAGAUCACCACCUUCGCCCUGUGUGUUCAGCUGAAGCUCGAUCUUCAGGCUUACUCAAGGUGCUUGGAGGGAUAGUUGCACACAGUAUAUUCCAGGAUGGUGUUGGCUUCCCCUAUCUGUCACCUACUUGCUUCUGGUACAUUGUGGCUGGAGAAGAGAUGGCCCUACAGUCUGCUUGUAUGGAGGAUUUGCCAGCGGACGCAAGUUUCGUGUUGAAACAGAUGCAAGAUGCAAACACCAGCGAGGAAAUGGCAGCUGUCACCCAGAUGGACGUCACUCUGCAAGUUCUCCAACGUUGUGGGAUUUCUCAGCUGGUGACGGUAAAAAACCAACAUGUAAUUGGGCAGGAAAUUGUCUGUUUUGAGGCAGUCUUCAGAGUUUCCAGGUUUCUUGACCAAUUCUGUGAGGGCCUGCGAAAUGCUGGAAUUCUACAUGCUGUCAGAGCUUUCCCAGACCUUUUCAUUCGGCUGCUCACGUACACGGGGGCUGUAUCUAAUGAAUCAGUGCUGGAGACUAUCAGAAACAAUGACGAAUCACUGGAGUUGAUGAAUUUUUUGAAGAAAUUUAUUCAAGAAUCAACUGAAAAAUUGCUCGAAAAAUUCUUAAUUUUUGCAACUGGCUCAGUCUAUCCUCAGCCAAGAUCAAUUCAUAUUAAAGCUUGUGAAGAUGAUGAUCUUGGUACUAUAGUUGCCCAAACUUGCUCCAAGACGCUAAUCUUUCCCUCCAACAUGAGUGCUGGUUAUGACCAAUUUACAAUGUCGCUCAAUUCAGCCAUUGUUGAGAGCUCUUUCAACACUGUAUGAACACUCCAAACUCUGUGAACUCUGAACUUAAAAACGUUGGGUUGUUAUCAUCAUAAUUAUUAUUCAUGCAGAUCUCAAUACAAUCUGCUUUUUUCCUUCAUUUAAUGCAUACCUUUAUAUUGCUUGGUCAGUCGUUGGGUUGUUGUUAUCAUCAUACAUGCAGAUCUCAUGCAAUACAAUCUGCUUUCUCAAAAAAAAAAAAUUCACUGAGGCUACUGUUUGAGAGCGGCUUCUUCUGGA